GAAAACGAUGCAGCCCGCCACGAAAGCGUGCCGGCCCGGCCAACCCUCUCCCGCCACAUCUCCCUUGCCGACUAGUCCCGCGGAACAGAAAGCCACUCCACUCCGAACCCACCCAACCCGUCGUCCGAGUCGGUUCCGACGCACGCAUAAAAGCCCCACCCCAGUCCACUUCCACCUCGAUGUAAAGCACGCUGGUCGCUGGCACGCAGAGUGGUAGUGUGAGCCAAACCACUGACUGAACAAGAACUCAACAAGCUAGGCGGCCAUGGAGAUGGUCCUGGACUGGCGCUCGGUGGGCUCCCUGAUCGCCACCGUCAUGGUGUUCCGCACCGCCGUGCGGGACUUCCUCCCGCCCGAGGUCGAGAUCUACCUGCGACGCUUCCUCGCGUGGAUCGCCGCCGCGUUCCGGGGGCCCAAGGGCACCAUCCUCAUCGACGAGACCGACGGCGCCAGCGGCGGCGCCAACGACCUCUACGACGCCGCGCAGCUCUACCUUGGCGCGCGCUGCCUCGCCACGGCGCCCACCGUGCGCCUCCACAAGCCGCGCCAGGCGCAGCGCCCCGUCGCCACCCUCCCGGACUCCCACACCACCCACGACGCCUUCCAGGGCGUCCGCGUCAAGUGGGCAUCCACCGCGCGCACCGUCGAGCGCGGCGGGUCCGGAGCAGGGUUCAACCCGUACAACAUCUACGGCCGCGGCGGAGGCGGCGACCAGCGCAGCCUCGAGCUCCAGUUCCCGCGGCAGCACCGCGACCUCAUCCACAACCACUACAUCCCCCACAUCAUCGACGAGGCCACCAAGAUGCGGCUCAAGUCGCGGGAGCGCAGGCUCUACACCAACCGCGCGGCCGCGCCCGGCGACGACCACCACCGCUUCUGGACCUCGCACGCCUUCUCCCACCCCUCCACGUUCGACACGCUCGCCGUCGACCCGGCCCUCCGCGAGGAGAUCCGCACGGACCUGCUCCGCUUCGCGGCGCGGCAGGAGCACUACGCGCGCGUCGGCCGCGCGUGGAAGCGCGGGUACCUGCUCCACGGCCCGCCGGGCACCGGCAAGACCAGCCUCGUGGCGGCGAUCGCCAACCUCCUCGAGUUCGACGUCUACGACCUGGAGCUCACGACGGUGCCCACCAACUCCCACCUCCGGCGCCUGCUCGUGUCCACCACGCCCAAGUCGGUCGUCGUCGUCGAGGACAUCGACUGCUCCCUGGACCUCUCCGACCGCAACAACAAGAAGAAGGGCGGCACCAACGCCACCGACGAAGUGACGGCGCAGCUCGCCAUGCUGUCGCCGGCAGCCGCGGCGGCCAUGGCGGCGGUGGGGCGGGAAUCCAUAAGCCUCUCCGGGGUUCUCAACUUCGUGGAUGGUCUCUGGUCGUCCUGCGUCGGCGAGCGCCUGAUGGUGUUCACGACCAACCACCCGGAGCGGCUCGACCCGGCGCUGCUCCGCCCGGGCCGCAUGGACCGCAAGAUCGAGCUCGGCUACUGCUCGCCCGCCGCGCUCCGCGUGCUUGCCAGGAACUACCUCGACGUGGGCGACGAGGGCUGCGAGGACGCCGACGCCGACCCCGACACGGUGAACAACCUCAUGGCUGAGGCAGGGGGCUUGCUCGCCGCCGGGGUGCGCAUCACGCCCGCCGACAUCGCCGAGGUGUUUAUGGGCUGCGACGGCGCGGGCGCCGCCGCCGCCCUGAGGAAGCUCGUGGACGAGCUUCGGAAUCGGCGGGAUACUGCCGCGGCCAAGGCGCCGGGCGCAUCGACAGAGGACACGGCGGAUUAAAGCCAGAGACGUGGACAUGGCGCGCAACAAUGCAUGCAUGGCUGCUUGAUCAGCUUCAGUACGUUGAUUCUAGACUGAUUAAGGUGGUUUGCUUAUGAGUUAUGACGGUGCAAUGCGACGUACUACGACGGUACGUGUUGGUGCUGUGUAAAUGUAUGCCUUUUUUGUUUUGUGUCGUGUGAAGUAGGCAAGGCAAUGGAUGCUGAUUAAGCAGGCACGACAAUACGACAUGAGACAGAGUCCGUUCAUUGCA